CUUCCAGUUGCAUUUGAAGCGGAACUAGACCUUCGGCUUUGGAUGGUGCCUCUCAUUGACGAUGUCGGCUGGGAAGAGGACACAGGAACGGAUGCGUUCUACAAGACCGGGUCGGCGAAACAAGUUCAAACCAACGCUGUACAUCUAAAAAGAGCCGCAACCAAAUGGUUGUCAUACCGACGAAUCAUUUUGUGCCAAGCCGUCAACUUCGCCCUGCCGGUGCUGACUCGGCCGCUAAGUCUGGCCGAACGGACGAUCGGAUGGCCGAGCAAGCCGAUGUACGGUUUCCUGACCGGCCCGACGGGUCGAAUGUCCGACCAACUGCGUCGGCUCCACAUGGAGGUGACCCGGUUGGCGUCGCAACUGGAGCAAUGCGCCAGUCUGGUGGGCGCCAAGCUGCGCCAGGACGGCCGGAUCGAGGCCUACUACCGGCGGUACCAAGCGGCGCACAAGAGCGCCGUGCAACAGUUGCUGAGGCGCAUCCAAGCGCAGCGGACCUACAUCGACAGCCUCAACAGCCAGAACGACGGACUCGUCGGUUUGAUGGCGAAGCUGGAGCCGGAAUUGUCGAAAGACGACGCUUUCCGUCGGCUCUCGGAAGACGCCGGCUUUUGGACGAGGCCGACUCGGUCGAGCGGCCGAGAAGACGAUCGCGACGGCGAAACGAUGCCGGUUUCGGAGGCGACCGAUCGGACGGAAGACGAGCAGGAGGCGCCCGGCGAGAACGCCAACGACUCGGCCUCCACCGUCUCUGCGCCUCGUCUCUUUGGCACAAAGUCCCUAUCGUCGCCGUCGCCGUCACCGUCGCCUUCGCCGUCGACGUCGCCGUCGUCGCCUUCGAGAAAUGCAACAAGUCGUGAUCAGUUGCCGACCCUCGCCGAAUCUGCGCCUCGCCUAUUUCGCAGAAAAUGGCUCAAAGACAACUCGCUCUCGCCGUCAUUAUCGCCAUCGCCAUCGCCGUCGCCGUCGCCGUCUGUCCGCGGUUGCCGGUCGGCCGAGGCGCUGUUGCUGGGCGUGACGAGCACCCCGUACGGCGAGGCUGGGCGGCCGGCCGACAGCAACAACAGCAACGAGCCGACCGACGCUGGCUCGAGACCCGCCGAGCCGGCCUCGUCGGACGAGACGGCGACGCACCGGCCUCGCCUCGUCCAGCAGGUCGCCCAAGUCGUCUGCUCCGAGUCGAUCUGCCUUCCGGCCGGUCAGUUGGUACGGCUCAAGCGGGAAAAGGGUCUGCGUGGCGUCGGCGAGUCGGCCGGAUCGACGAACGAGGCGACGGACAGUCGCGACACGAUGACGCAACGUCGCCAACUGGUCGACACCAUCUUGAAGGCGGACGAGCGUCGGCUACAAGAAAUCUUCGUCGCCAUAACUGGCCAGGGGGAGGUGGAGGAGGCGCGCUGA